UCGAUAGAUAAUAUCAUGACAACAUUAUUCAAAUCAAAAAAAAAUCAUAAUAAACCAUCUAUACGAGGAAAAUCAUUAGAGAAUGAUUUGAGAACUUUACUAAAUGAUGAAAGAUCCUAUAAUAUUUCUUUAAAAUGUUCUGAUGGAGUUACGUUACGUGCAUGUAAAAAUAUUCUAGCAACUCGUAGCGAUGUAUUCAACAAUCUUAUCUUUAAUAAAUCAAAAGCAGAAAUUAAAAAUAUUAUAUUUACAAAGAUUAAUUCUACUGUCAUGAAGGUUAUAUUGGAAUUUUUAUAUACUUCAAAUAUUAAAAAAGUGGAUUUAACAGUUAAGGAUUUUAUAGAAAUGUAUUAUGCAGCAAAUUGUUUUAAAUUAAAUGAACUCCAAAAAGAUAUUAUUGAAUUUACCAAGAAAAUUUUAAAUGAUGGAGAUAAAGAUUUAGGUAAACAACUUUUAUCUCAAUAUGUUGAAAUCUUUACUAUAAAAAGUUAUAAUGGAAUGUCAAAAUUAUUG